AUGGAAAGCGAAGAAGCUAUAUUGGAAAAUGAGAACAAUUCAAAUCUAGAAUGUGAAUCAGGCUUGAGAAGCAGAGAUGAGAGCAUGUGUGUAGAUGGAAUGCAUUCUAAUGCAUCUGUUGUGAUUCAUGAUGCCCAACCUUUUGUUGACUUCUCCAGUGGGAGGAGUUCAAAUUCAGCUAUAGAAAUAACAUCUUUGGACAAAGUACUGUCAUUUACUUCUGUUACUCAGGCCGAGCUUGCAGACAAAUGCGAUGAUAGACUGAAAGACACAUCUUCUGUCUGUGAGAAAUCAGUGGACAUUGAACACUUAGCCAAUGCAGGUAAAGCUGCUGUAGAAUCAGACAGUAGCGGCAGAUGUAUACAAGACUAUGGAGAUUUCACUGGUUCAAGUAGUGUCUCACAGCUUGACGGAGCUGCUUCUUCCAAAAUAUCUCAUGGUAUUCAUCACAUACUUUCAACUGAUAAUGAAAAAUACACGAAUCUUACAGAACCAAUGGUAGAAGAGGGUAGGGAUGCUAUGUUAAGCCAUGGCGUUAGUCUCCUUGAAAGACAGCCAGCACGGGAAACAGAAAGCAUGGAGACUGAGGAGACAGACUUACUGGCAGUGAGUACAUCUGUGGUACAUGAAAAGGUAGAAAUGGAAAGAAAUGUUAGUAUUUUAACUGGGCCUUCAAAGGAGUUUAACACAUCAUCACAUACUUCCAAGUGUUGGGAAGAUGAGAUUGAUUUGUUGGAAGAAGGCUCACAAGAUUCUGCUAAUCAUGAACAUAACAGUACCGGUCAUGGCACAGAUAAUUCCCUAAGUAAAAGUCACAACUCUCAGGAUGAAGCGUCAUCUGUGCGAUUAAGUGAAAACGGGAGAUCUGAUAUAAAAAAACUCAAACCACAUAGUGUUGAUAUUUCUGAGACCGAAGAGGUGAUGGCGAAAGAAGAAAGAAGUGGGGCUGAAACAAAAUCAGAGUACUUGCUUGCUCAGCUACAACCCCAGAGUGAUCAUGUUGAGAAAGAUAUUGAUGAUGUUGAAAUUGUAGAUGAGGAGGAUCCGCAGAUAGAUGUUGUGAAAGUUGUCAUUCCAAGUUCAGAAAGUAAUAGCUUCAGUAAAAAUGCAAGCAGUGAAUGUCACAGUUCAGAUACAGUGCAGUCUGUUAAGGAGAUGAACAUUGUUUUAGAUAAUGUAAUAUCUGAAACUGUAGAACCUACUGCUUUAAGUAGUGGUGACAUUUUAAAUGUUUCAUCGUCUGACAGUUCCGAGAGUGAAUUUAUUUCUUCAGCGAAAUCUAAGCAAACAUACGAGAAAGAAGUAAAAAUAUUGAAACAGGUUAGUACCCAGAUUGAAGCUGCAAAUAAUAAUGAUAAUCAUGGAGAAAGACCAAUGAAAACUACAACAGUGGAGGAAAGAACACCUCCACCACCACCAGGCUUGACUUCAGGAGAUAGCAGCAUCCCAGGAUCUUCUAUCAAACAGAAUUCAGGUUUAAGUGAUUCAGUGCUCAAAGAUACUGAUCUUGAAUUUGUGGAAGUUAUUGAAGAAGCAAAUGCAACUCCAAUGGAAAUUAACAGCCAUGAUUCAGAUAAGCUUACACCAGGUUCUGAACAUAUGCAAAUAAAUAAAGAUGUCUUAGAAGCAACAUCUGCCUCGCCUGUCUUGGUUGAUGCAACCAAACAUGGUAACAGUGGACCGAAAGAUACUGCUGAGAGUAAUGAUUCUGUUAACACAACUAGCGGCCAUCAUGGUGCAAGUAAUCAACUACAAAUUUCAGAAAUAAAAACAGAGUGUAAUCCUUGCAAUAUAAAUGGAUCGACAGAUGACCUGGUCAUGUAUGACAAUGAGGUGGCUUCACAAGGAGUUAAACAAGAACCACAUGUUGAUGGUGAUGAUGAUGAUGACGUUGUAAUUAUUGAUGAUGAAGGGGAAGUUGUCCCAUUAAAGAAAGAAGUUGUGGAGACCCGAACAACUGAGAAUGGAGUAGAUACUCAGAUGUCAGGAAGUGUUGGCACAGAAAAAAACUUGGGGACCUCCUCAGAGCCAGGAAACAGUAAGGCAGAUUCUCCUAAAAGUAAACUGACAAAGCAGAAAUUACAGACUUGCAUUGUCUGUCAAAAGAUAUGUCGGUGCAAGUACAACAUUGUACGCAAUGGGGAUCUAAAGCAUUUGUGCGAUGAUGCCUGUUUCAAACAAUUUAAGAAAAGUCCGAACAUGUUUUUAAAACAGAAGAGAAAUCUGAAUGCCCCACCUGCGUCAAACAUCAUGCCAGAUUUACCACCAACCUCUACUUCGAAUGUCGCUUCACAAGGAUCCACUCAAGAAAGUCAGUUUAAAACAUGUUCUGUUUGUCAGCUGAUAGAUGUCAACGCUAGUCAGCCAUUUUGUAACUGGAAAGGUCUUGAUUUCUGCGGAGAGUCCUGCUUAGGAAAGUUCCAGGCUAACCUGAAUGCUUCAUGCUCUUUCUGCCAGUCAUAUAUUCCUCCAGAAGUUAGAACAAAUUUCUGUUUGAAAAUCGGAAACAACAUGCGUCCAUUUUGUAAACAUAAAUGCUACAGUGAAUUUAAGAAGAAGCUGAGGUUGUGUUCAUUUUGCCAGCGAGAUGUUACCGCAGAGCCCGGGGCAUUUACUGCCAUUGUUGGAGCAGAUAAUAAGUUUCGAGAGUUUUGUUCACAAGCCUGCAUGAAAAACACGGAGAGCCAAAUAAAUAAUGUGGAGGUGUUAAGCGUUGAGAAGGGACAUGUCAGACAGGAGACAAUCACCUGCUCUGUUUGCAGGAAGCAGGGACCAGUCAAAUACACAGUGAGGCUGCAGGAUGAGUGGAGUAAACUUUGCAGUGACCUCUGCCUCUCGGCUUUCCAGUACACCAAUAAAAUCAGCAUGGGUAGGUGCGACAGCUGUGGAGUUCCUUGUACUACAGAAGAGGCAAAGGCCCACUUUAUUCAGCAUGAGGGGAAGGUCAAACGCUUUUGUAGUGACCUUUGUGUUAAUAGCUUCCGCACGGCAAACAGCAGACCUAUUCCCUGUGGGUGGUGUGGAACUAAGAAGUUGAACUUUGACAUGAUAGAAAGAUUGGACACAGAGAACAAGGUUCAGCUGUUCUGUUCUUUGAACUGCCUUUCACUUUAUCGUGUCAGCUUGCAAGCCAAGUCCAACCAAGCGGUCCAGUGUGACCAGUGUCGAAAGGUUGUUCCAGCUCAGUAUCACCUUACAAUGAGUGAUGCUUCAGUCCGCAAUUUUUGCUCCUAUUCCUGUGUGAUGAACUUUCAAGUUCAGUUUGAAGUUCAGCGGGUUCCCCCAGUGUUCGGAGCGACACCCCAACCACUUUCAGCUUCUUCGCAGGGUCAGUUUUUACCACAAGGAGCACCAGUGCAGCAGAAUCAGCCGUUAAAGCCCACUCCAGCGAGAGGAGGCGGUCGUAUGACUACUCGACAAGCAACGGCCAGAGAACAUUCACCGUCAUACCCUGUUAUAUCCAGUGUGGUAUCUUUAGCGGAACAUGAAGCAAAUACGCAGCCAACCCUUCCACCUCCACUUCUGCCUCCACUUCCUGCAGUUAAUGCAGUAGCAGCAACACGAACUCAUGUGGACAGCAUGGUUCCUUCUGGAGAUGGUAGGCACCAGAUAAUCAUUCAAGCAGCAGUCCCAAAGUUUUCAAAGAAUAAGUCACUGCAGUGUCGGCCAGUCAUGCUAACAAAAGCCACCUCAUGCCGGCCACAUUCUCAAAACAAGGAGGUUCAAACAGAUGAAGUUCCCAUGCAGCCAAUAUUGAUACCUGUACCAGUGCCUGUCUACAUCCCCGUGCCCACAGUGAUGUUCACAGCACCUGCCCCAAAGAUUGUCCCCAUCCCCAUUCCCAUCCCGGUGCCUGUUUUCCUCCCGACCACUAGAAAGUCUAUCACUGGAGUCUGCAGAACCAUCCAGGAUAUUGUUGAGCGUAUACCAGCAGAUCCAUUAGAAGCAGAACUUUUGCAGAUGGCAGAGGCUGUGGCUGGAGACAAGACACCUGGUAACAGUGACACAGAUUCAGAAGCUGAAGCAGCUGUUGAAGAUCCAAUCGGGGGAAAUGAAAGCCUGGCUCAGAGUGAGAAUGAAUCAUCAUCAACAGCAAGGACAAAAGAAUGUGGAGACGAAGACAUGCUACAGUUGGCUUUGCGGAUGGCAGAAGAAAUGUCAGGUCCUAUAGAGGAUCUAGAAACAUCAGUUGAACCUCUUACUAUUAAAACAGAUCGUCCGGGACAGCAGCCCAAGAAAGUCGAGCCAUACCACAGCGAAGAUGAUGACGAUGAUGAUGAUUACAUUCCACGUCAAACUGGUCGAGGUCGUGGAGCCAAAAGGUCAAACAGAGGACGGCCACCAUCAGCUCGACCAAAGCGGCAGCGCACAGACAGAACAUCUGAGGAUGAUUUCACCAAACAGCCAGGACCCUCUUCACAAUCUCAGCCGACGGAGCCUCCUGAUGUCAACUACCGCCUCAAGUUCACGUAUGGCCUAAAUGCCUGGCGGCACUGGGUGAUCAGCAAAAAUAUGCAGAUUGAGAACUCAGUCUCACAGAUGAAUGUUCGGGCAAGAACGUUCCCCACUGAUAUUCUCAAGUGUACAGUGGAUGAGCUGAAUACAUCCAUGUGCAUGUUUGUUGACGAAGUACGCAAACCCAGCGGCAAUGAGUACUCCCCUGAUAGCAUUUAUUAUCUUUGUUUGGGUAUCCAGCAGUACCUGUAUGAAAACGGGAGGAUUGAUAGCCUAUUUUCAGAUCCAUAUUUUGAGAAGUUCACAGAUCGCUUGAAUGAAAUCCUGAAAACUCUGCAACCAAAGAUGAACAAACAUGGUCAGAUGCUGUGUCGUAUUGAAGAAGAGCACUUGUGGGAGAGCAAGCAACUUGGGGCCCAUUCUCCUUUUGUUCUACUGAACACAUUGGUAUACUUCCACACCAAGUACUUCAUCCUCAAGACAGUCCAAGAUCACAUGGCCCUCUCUUUCGCACAGAUACUAAAGCACUGGAAGAAAGGUGUGCCCCUAAAGGGCCAGCCUGUUGCGAUUGCUAAAAAUGUCUCGUUGAGAUUCUACUGUGUGACCAAUGGGAAAAAGG